AAAUAUUUAUUAGAAAACGCACAAUUUUUGGUUUUACUUACAUAUAAAUAAAAUGUUACUGAAAAUACGUCACGCCUUAUUGGAGGUGACCAAUCAUCCUACAACAAAACAAUCUGCUAUAAUUAUCAACAAUGAAGUUAUCAUUACUUCUGGCAGCAUUUUAAAACCCUACGUUAGACCCAUGCUACCAUUUGUGGCAGAUCACACUAAUGAAAAUGUUUGCGCCAGUACUAAAAUCAUACAUAAACUGCAACAAUGUAAAUUGAUCAACGCUCAAGAUGACCAAAGUGAGGAGGCCCAGCAUUUAAACUCGCUUAGUUAUCAGGUAACCUUUGACCGCCGCAAAUUACCAGCAGCCGUUACAGAGCGUAAUGCCAACGUGCCCCACAUCCUAACCAGAUAUCGAGCGAAACUCCUUUACAUUUUUAGUUCCCAGGAAAUAUCCAGAAAUUUGCACAAAAUGUUAAAUUCCAUAACAUUCAAUGAUUCAACAACUAAAGAUCAUAAUGAAGUUUUAUUAACCUCAUUUCUGAUACUAACUAUGCGUCCCGCUAAAUCUACUGAUUCCCCCGAACGUUUUGAAAGAUUUUUGGAACAUAUUGCUCAUUACUUGAGAUAUAAGUAUCCCAUCAGACCACUAGAUGAUGUUCUGGCAAUGUGCACACCAUUUGGCAUGGAGAAUUUCUACAAGACCAUCAGUAUUGGCAAAGUAUCCAAUGUUAUUGGCAAAGAUGGUUCACUGUUUGUUUUGUCCAAUAAUUUGCCACUGGGUUGUGAGGGCUCGGCAGUGUUUAAUAAUAAAUUGCGUUUAAUUGGUAUCAUUAUUUGCACGGCUUUUCAACGUAAUAAUGAAAAUCUUCAAAUAACUAUGGCAGCUAACUUUGCACAUCUACUAAGAGACUUUAUGAAUCAAUUGGGCAUAAAAAUAACCACUAUUAUGUUGCCAAGAGAGCCAUCUAAUUUUGCAUGGGAACGCACCAUGGUGGUUAUAGAAGCUGCAGGAAGUCAAGGCACUGGUACUCUAGUUAAAGUCCAGAACAAAAGAUUUAUAUUGACCUGUUCUCAUGUGGUAUUUCAGGUAAAUUCCAAAGUAGCUUGUCGUGGUGUCGAUGGCGAAUUUGAAGCCGAUGUUCUUUGGCGCAAUCCACACUACGACACAGCAUUUGAUGUGGCUCUGCUUUCCGCACCCGACAACAUUCCCGAACGCUAUUGCGUACGUUUGGCCCAAUCGAAGCCGAGCUUGGGUCAAACUGUUUACAAUGCUGGCUUUCCCUAUUUCGUUAAUUUCAAUUUAAAAUACGAUUUUAAUCCUUCGAUAUUCCAAGGACGCAUUAUAAAAUAUUCCCCAGCUGCCAUAAUGUCCGAUGGCUGUGUACAGGCUGGCCAAAGUGGUGGUCCCAUGUUCGACGAGCACGGUUGCAUAAUGGGUAUUUGUGUGUCCAAUAUCAAAAUGGAUAAUGUCGUCUAUCCGAAUAUUAAUAGUGCAGUACCCAUUAUAUCGAUACGUUCCAUUUUGGAGGAUUAUGCCAAAACAAAUGAUUUGCGUAUUUUAAAUAAUUUGGUGGCUAAUCAAGAUAUACAGCGAGUUUGGUCUUUGGCCCCUCCUCCCAUUAUAAGUAAAUUGUAAAUGAUUAUCAUGUUUAUGUUAUCAACAACAAUUAUACAUAACUUACUAUAUAAAUUUACAUAAAUUGUUAUACACAUUCAUAUAUUGAUAAUAUUUAAGAUAAAUAAACUUUUAUAUGCAAUCGCACAAA